UUCCCCUUGUCCUGUCCCCGCAGACCACUGAAAAGAGGUUGGCCAUGUCCCUUUGUCUCCCACACUUAAUAACUUUAGUUAAUAUAUUAAUAACUUAAGCUAUCUUUAGUGAGUUUGGAAAGUGGAUGGACAAUUUUACCCCUGGGCUGCUGCUGAAGUGGAUUUCUUGCAUUAAAAAAAAUAGCACUUCACUUAGACACGAUGGUAUUUUAAGUGUUCCCCUGUGGAGACUGUGCACGUUUAAGAGCAUGCAGAUACAAAACCAUCUGCCUUUCUGCUGAGAUUAAAACUUGAGUUUUGACGCGUUCAGAGAUCAUUUAUUCUUUCACCUGGGAGUAUUCCAGUGUAAGCAUAGAAUUUAAAAUACUACUUGAUAGUGAAAGCAAUGUCUUCUGGAUACAACUGUGGUCUAAAUUCUUGGUGCUUGAGUUGUGUUGCCAACCUCUGUUCCCCUUUGUGUAUUAGAUACCUACUGUUGUGGACUACAAAGAAGUACUGUCAAACAUGGUCUCACUGGAGAGAACUCUUCACCUUUACAGCUUCAUUUGUGAACUGUCUCUCUUAAACACAAGCCUUUUCGUGUACUCUCCAGCUCGGCUGGCUGCUGCAGCACUGCUGCUGGCUAAGAUCCUUCAUGGCCACGCACAUCCCUGGACCAGCCAGCUGUCUGAGUGCACUGGCUUCUCUCUUGAAGACCUGUUGCCGUGUGUGCUAAGCCUUCACCAAAAAUGGUAAAACUCUGGGGACUCUCCUGGGAGGGAACCUGAGAGUUUGUAUUCCAGCUCUGGUAGCCCUGCUGCAAGUCUUUCCAAAGGAAGGAGGUGACUUUAGCAAACUGCUUUACUCCCCUUUCUAGUAAGAGGGCACUGAAAUCUAGGGGCCAGUUCAGUCAUGGCUGUUCUGUUUGUCUUGACUGGUAGUGGCCCUGAGUUAUGGAAGUCCUGGCGCUCCUCAAGGCUGGCACGUUUCAGCUUGCCAACGUCACUAUUUUCAGGUAAUGAGCUACAGCCAGCUCUGUUCGCUGUUGGGUGUGAAACAGGAGGACCCGAAGCCCAGUCCCUUCUACACAAAUGGUGUAGAAAUUGAAGCUUUCCUUAGCUCUCCCUCUGGAAAGAGAACUAAAAGGAGGAGGGAAGACAGCACUCAGGAUGACCGAGGCAGCUUUGUGACUACACCUACAGCUGAGCUAUCCACCCAGGAGGAAAGCCUUCUGGACAGCUUUCUGGACUGGAGUUUAGAUUCCUGCUCCGGUUAUGAAGGUGAUCAGGAAAGUGACUGUGAGAGAGAUGGAGAUGUCACAGGUCCCAGUGGAAUCCUGGAUGUGACGGUGGUUUACGUGGAUCCGGCGGAGCACUGCUGUCAGGACUCUAGUGAUGAAGACAGCCUGUCUGUAGAGUGGUGUGGGCAUGCAGCACCACCGAGGAAGGCCAGGACACCAGAUGAAAGUCACAGAGUUUCAGCAUGUGUUGCCUCAAGAAAUCCUAACUGGGAAGGGAGCUCGGGCUACUCUUCUGUCAAUGGUGCCAGCCCUACAUCUUCUGUAGAAGGCAGCUGUGGAGUACCUCUCAAACCUACCUCAGCACUGUCUCUUGGCAAUGCCAUGAAGUUAAAUUCUAAGAGGGACUGCCUCUAGGCUAUUUACAUCCAUACCAUGAGCAGCUGGGAGAGGACCCUGCACAGAAAGUGAUAUGGGGCUCAAAUCACAAGUCUACUGCAUCUCCAGGAGGAAGGAAAACCACAGCAAGGCCUGGAAUAUUCCCCCAGUAACUACAAGCUGUGGGCUUUGAGUGCUUUCCACAAAGCUUAUUAUAAGACAUUCUGCCCCUAGUGUUGUUAACUGAAAAAAGAAGGUCCCUAAUUUAGUUCAGUGCCAGGCUUUGCCCUUCUCCUGGUGGUCUUGGUCCGCUUCUUCAGCUGUUUACAGUGACCGUGCCAGGGCACAAAAUGGGAACAUUAAUCAGAGUUUGUACAGUUUCCUCCCUGUAAUGCAAUGGAAAGCUGUAAUGCCAUGGAAGGUGUAACAAAAUGGCUUUCCAGCACAGUUUGUACUUGGUUCAUCUCAUUAGGCCAAGGCAAGAAGCCACAGAGCCAUUUCUGAAGAGAGUAGCCCAGGGAUUCGAUGUCACUCAGUUGAGAUGGUGCUGAAAGGAAAGGAAAGGAAAGGAGAGAGAGAUUCUCAUUUCUAGGCGCUGAAGCUUCUUUGGUCAAGGAGGAUCUACCCACCUCCACAAAAGUUCCCAUAAUGGGAGGGAAGGGUCUAGGUAAGGAGCUCCUCAAAUGUGUGCUUUCCAGACACAAGUCGGUCAGUGACUGGUGUUCUGUUGUCAGGGUCCCUGUAUUUUUAGCAGUUGGCAGGGAGGUGGCUUGUGACACUGUAAGGCCAUGGUGAUGUUACCCUAAGAAUGUCCCAUGAUGGCCAAAACAUGGCUGUGUUGGCCAAGGGGAGGCUGUGGUUUGACAGUUGCCCUGCUUGUCACCAGUGGGAUUCUGUGGGGCUCCAUUUUAGGUCUGGUUCUCUUUAAUGUUUUCACUGUUGAUUCCAAUAAAGAUCUGGAAGUUGUGUUAA